AUGUUCAGCCGGGGUUACGGGUUAAGAGUCACCACGGCCUCGGCCCAGAGCAGGAGAAGGAACGGGGGUUUUUUAGUCAAACACUACCACAUUUUCGUGGGAGAUCUCAGUCCUGAAAUCGAGACACAGAGCCUCCGAGAUGCCUUCGCACCUUUUGGAGAAAUUUCUGAUUGCCGUGUUGUCCGCGACCCACAGACUCUGAAGUCCAAAGGAUAUGGCUUCGUUUCGUUUUUGAAAAAAUCGGAGGCUGAAUCGGCCAUAACAUCGAUGAAUGGACAGUGGCUCGGCUCCCGAUCGAUCAGGACCAAUUGGGCUACACGCAAACCGCCAGCACCAAAGAACGAAAUAAAUUCAAAACCCCUGACAUUCGAUGAGGUCUACAACCAGAGCUCACCAACUAACUGCACGGUCUACUGUGGAGGCCUGACUACAGGCCUUACCGAAGAACUGAUGCAGAAGACCUUCCAGCCAUUUGGAACCAUCCAGGAGAUCCGUGUCUUCAAGGACAAGGGAUACGCUUUUAUACGAUUUUCGACCAAGGAGAGUGCAACGCAUGCUAUCGUUGCUGUCCACAAUACCGAUGUUAAUGGACAGCCAGUCAAGUGCUCAUGGGGCAAAGAGUCAGGGGAUCCCAACAACGCCCAAGCUCAAGGACAGAUCCCCACAGCCUAUAGUCCAUUCGGCGCGACCUACACAGGUGGGGUUCCUCCAACCUCAUAUUGGUACAACACCUACCCACAACAGCUUGGGGGAUUCCUCCAAGGCGUACAAGGCGUACAGGGGUACACUUAUGCUGGACAGGCCUUCGCGGGAUACCAGCAGCAGUAUAUGGGCAAGGAGUACAACCAAUGGGCUAAUGCGAAUGCCUGUUCCAGUAUGGGUGGUGUUCAGCUACCCUGGGCUCUUGGGGCGGGUGUGGGCGGCGUGGGGUCCGUCGGUGGGGUCGCAGCUAUGUCCCAGCCCCCUCAGGUCUUGCAUUACCCCGUGCAACACUUUCAAGUUCAACCGAUCGGUGAAGACGAAUGGCUUGCUCCAAGCCUCCUUGUGUGA